CAAGGCAGUCAGGGGAAGAGGUAGUGUUUGUAUGAAUAAAUAAAAAAUUAAUUCUGGAAUUUUAUUUCCUACGUUAGGAAAUACAAGAAACUUACAUUUCAAACAUGACUAUGGCUAUGCUGCAACGAAGAGCUAACGUAAGAUUACCUCCUGAAGUAAACAGAGUAUUAUAUAUAAGGAAUUUGCCAUACAAAAUUACGGCUGAAGAAAUGUAUGAUAUUUUUGGAAAAUAUGGAGCCAUUCGGCAAAUCAGGGUAGGUAAUACGGCUGAAACAAGAGGAACUGCUUUUGUUGUAUACGAAGACAUAUUUGACGCAAAAAAUGCAUGUGAUCAUUUAAGUGGUUUUAACGUUUGCAAUCGGUACUUAGUAGUUUUAUAUUAUCAAAGCAAUAAGGCAUUUAAACGAGUUGAUGUGGAUAAGAAGAUGGAAGAAAUAGACAAAUUAAAGACUAAGUAUAAUCUAAACGAAGAAAAAAAGUAA